UCACCUGCGAGAAGAAAUUAAAAGCAACGAAUUUCUGGACCGAUUUAUCAGAAAUAAAUAGAAAGAAAAUCGGCUGAAUAAAUAAUUGAAAAAUAAAAGAAUUAGGGUUCUUCGUUCUGAUAGUACGAAUUUGAAGCUCCUUCUUCUUCAAUUCCAACCCAGAAAUUUUACUGCUUUUGUACUUAGAAAUGAGUGAUACCGAAGAGAAGGAGGAAACUGGACAAGAAUUGCCAGUUGAUGCUUCAAAUAAUGGGAAACCAGAAAAUGAUCAUAACAAGCAGAAUAAUUCUCCGAAUUCUGGAGAUUCUGGACCGGUCCAGGAAACCCCGAAUCCUGCUGAAAAUGGCGAAGUUCUACCCAAUAAGACAGACGUGGAGAUGACCGCUGAUGAUAACACUAAUGUAGAAGUAGAACCACUGUCCAUUUCGCAGCAAUCCGAUAGGGAUUUGCCUCCUCCAUCAGUCACAAUAAAUGGUGGGGACGAACAAUUAGUCAAGCUAGAUAUCGAACCUUUAAAGGAGGAGGGCGAACAAUUAGUCAAGCCAGAUACCGAAUCUCUAAAGGAUGAUGGCGAUCAGUUAGUCAAGCAAGAUACUGAACCCGUAGCUGAUGCCAAGAGUGUUGAAGCCCAGGAUUUGCCUCAAAGUAAUAGUCAUGGCUGUGAGGAUGGCAACGUGGUUUCCACAAGUCUUGCAGAGACUGCUAAACCCACUGUUGGUGUUAAAAAUGAAGUUUCUCAAGUGCCGGAGCAGGAAUCUGGUGAUCCCGUGGAAGAAAGUGGAACUGUGAGUCAUAAGGAACCUGUUACACCUCAUGCCGGAUCUUCUGAUAUAAAGGCUGAUUCUGGGAGUGGGGAAGAAUUGAAGAAUAAGGUGGAUGAAAAAGAUAUUACUACACCCAAAAGUAAUGGAACCCCAAGCUCAAAGGGCAUGUUUCUUUUAGAUGACAUUGACAGUGACAUGUAUGAAGGUAAUGGUUCUGGAACAGAAGAGGAGCAAUCAGUUUUCAUGAAGGAGGUGGAAAAUUUCUUUAAGGAGAGGAACAUGGAAUUUAAACCUCCUAAGUUUUAUGGAGAGGGUUUGAAUUGCCUUAAGCUUUGGAGAGGUGUGACAAGAUUGGGUGGCUAUGAUAAGGUGACCUCAAAUAAGUUGUGGCGGCAAGUGGGAGAAGCGUUUAGACCUCCAAAGACAUGCACUACAGUUUCAUGGACAUUUCGAGGUUUCUAUGAGAAGGCACUCCUAGAUUAUGAAAGGCAUAAAUUUGGUACUGAACCACCAAUCUCUUCCCUGCCAGAGCCUAUGAAUAUUGAUAACCAGUCUGCAGGGUCAGGUCGAGCAAGAAGGGAUGCUGCGGCACGUGCCAUGCAGGGAUGGCACUCACAACGUAUCACUGGGAGUGGUGAAGUCAGUGACCCUAUCAUAAAGGAUAAAAAUGCUAUUUCUUUGCAAAGGCGUGAAAAACAGCUUAAAAGCAUUGGUUCACUUAAAAGAAAGAAGCCACCUUUUGUGGAGCAUGUGGUAAAAGCUGCACGUACUAAAGAAUCUAAGUUACAAUUGGAUGUAGAUGUGGUCGAUCUUGGACCUCCAGCGGAUUGGGUGAAGAUCAAUGUGCAGAGAACUAAGGAUUGUUUUGAGGUCUAUGCUUUAGUUCCAGGGCUUCUCCGUGAGGAGGUGCGUGUUCAAUCAGAUCCAGCUGGGCGACUGGUUAUAAGUGGAGAACCUGAGCAUCCUGAUAAUCCAUGGGGUGUCACAGCUUUCAAAAAGGUUGUCACCUUACCAUCAAGAAUUGAUCCACACCAGACAUCAGCUGUGGUCACCCUGCACGGGCAGUUGUUUGUUCGUGUUCCGUUCGAGCAGUCGGAUCAGUAGCAUUUCGUGAUGCCUGUCCAUUCUUGACCAUCAGGCUCUUCUGUAGAAAUUAGACAGACUCUAGCAACCGUAAUCAGGCCAAGUUAGCUAGUUUAGUUGGUUAUAAUCCAGUAGGUCAGUACAGGAUAUAACCUAACCGUUGUACUUAUUUACCAACAUGUUCAGUUACAUGGCUAGGAAUCCUCUUCUUCAUUCAUUUUCUUGAAGAUGUAACAUUAUUUCGGGAAGAUACGCUAUUUCGAAUUUGUGCUCUUCAGAUCAAUCAUAUCUAAGUUGUUAAA